AUGGCCGACAUCAGCCCUGUCGCAGAGCUUCUUGGGCAAGUCCUCUACCACUUCGACCGUCUGAGGCCACUUCUUCCAACUUACGGACACCUACUUGUUUCCGCUCUUUUCCCAAUUUGGAUCGGUGCACAUGCAUCUUUGACGAGACCUUCCUCUGCCGCCAAAGCUCCAAAGAAAAAGGCCGACAAGAAUAAAGAUGAAUAUGACACGGAUGAUGAAGAGGGACAUGGCCCUUUGCAGAAGAUGGAAGGGCUUGAGCCGUCAGAUGCUCUAAUAUUUCCGUUGACUGCAGGGCUCACCCUGGGUGCUUUAUAUUUGGUGAUCAAAUGGCUAGAAGAUCCAGCCAUAUUGAACAAGAUUCUUAGCUUCUACUUCUCUCAAAUGGGACUAUUCUUUGCUUUUGCAUUCCUGAAGGAUAUGCUGUUGAUGGUUCGCUCAUUUGUGUUUCCUAGAUAUUAUCGUCAAGGUGGACAAUUAUGGAAAGUGAAACAGUCCGAAUGCAUUUUCAUAGCAUCUGAGCACCAUCCAGCCAAGCCGCACUCCAUCCGGAAUUCACCUCUUCCUGGGUUUUUAGGCCAAUUGCCACUCCCACGUAUGGUAUUAAGACUGCUUUGGACGUGCCGAAAUGUUUCCCACCAGCGCCUCAAGGUGCGGGCUCAUGUACGUGGCUUAUUUGACUUCAAAUGCCUCGUUGGUCUCCUUGAUAUCCUCAGCGCAAUCAUUUCUUUGUCUGCUGUAGGAUACUUUGCAUUCGUGGCAAAUCCAUGGUGGUUGACCAAUUUCCUCGGUUUCUGCUUCUGUUACGGCACCCUACAAUUCAUGUCUCCUUCCACGUUCUGGACAGGCACCCUCAUUAUGGGGUCCUUGUUCUUCUAUGACAUCUACUUUGUCUUCUUCACACCGUUGAUGGUAACUGUUGCAACCAAACUGGAUGUACCGAUCAAGCUCCUGUUUCCUCGCCCGCCCACCUCUCGCGAUGCUCCUGGCACCGUGCCAUUGGCUAUGCUUGGACUGGGUGACAUUGUCAUUCCAGGAAUGAUGAUUGGGCUAGCACUUCGAUUUGAUCUAUUCCUCUAUUACCAGCGGAAAGGCGCUCAAAAGGCGCACGCUGAAGGGUCAGACCAGACAACCAUCAAACCUGAGUAUCAGUCGGCAACCGGUGCUUGGGGAGAGCGCUUCUGGGCGUCAUCAGUCAAGCCACUCCAACCGGAACUUCAACCUCCCUAUCAUGAUGCCCGGCAUUUUCCAAAGAUUUACUUCAAAGCUAGUAUAUUCGGCUAUGUUGUUGGGAUGGUGACCACCCUCCUUGCCAUGCAAUAUUCGAAUCAUGCCCAACCUGCUCUUCUCUAUCUGGUACCGGGCGUUUUGGCAUCGCUUUGGGGUACUGCGCUUAUUCGAGGCGAUACUGACACAAUGUGGGACUUCUCUGAUUCAGAGGAAGUGGCAAUUGAAGAGGAAAAGAAGCAAGACAAAACCGAGGACAAGCCUUCUCAAAAUCCGAAGAGCAUCUUUAUGCGCAUCUUCUCCGGUGAUUUCAUGCAUGCAUCAAACGACGAGAAUACAACACCGACUGAGAAACCCAAAGAAGAGAAAAUAGAUGACUCAAAAUCCAAAAAGAAACCAUCCGAAGAAGACCAUGAUGCCAAGACGAAGAAGCCCAAAAAGGACCGUCACAGCUUGGACCUGAUCUCCUUCUCCGUAUCAAUUCCUCGCAAGCCCAAAAGUGAAACACAGGCUAGUUUGCCGACAACGGAAGAGGAUGAAGAGAUGUCUGUUUCCAGGGGUGUCAGUGGAGACAACGAACCGCCGUUGAAGAGAAGACGACACAGCAUGAUGAGCAAGAAAACAGCAAAUUAG